UUUAAUGCCCACCCACUGCACCAUACAGGAGCUGCUCACUGAAGCCCCGCAUGUGCGCUUCCUUAAAGCCAUUCUCACUGACAGACCCCUGGGAAGUCGUGUGUGUUGCCCAAGAUGUCCAAAGUGACAGUUUCAUGCUUUUUGCUGGUUCUAAUCGGUUGCAUCAGUGCGCAGUUUGCGCCCCAGGUCCUGUGGGAGUUGGCUCGCAAGGGCAGGAGUAAGCGCCUCAGCUGCACCUUGGACACUUCAGACACGCCCGUUCACUGGUACAGAGCAGAACCCGGACAGGCCCUCAGGCGCAUUCUGUACUUCGCACAGGGAGCUUCAUCAGCCACCAAGGAUUCGGGAUUUGGCAGCAGAUUUAAUGGUGGUAAAAAGGGGAAAACCUUUUCCCUGACCAUCACAGGAGUCACGGAGGGCGACGCGACCACUUAUUACUGCGCGCAUUGGAGCGGGGAUGAGAAAAUCUUCAGCUCAGGCAUCAGACUGUAUGUUAAAGAUGAUAGCCCGAAGAUUCCCAAAGUGUCUGUGUACCCAGUGUCCAAACCACAGUUGAAUGGAAAGCGUGUGUUACUGUGCCAGGCAAGAGAUAUGUUUCCAGACCUAGUGAGAUUCACAUGGCAAGCAGAAGAUCAGAGUGGAAAAAAAGUAGAGCUGAAAGAUGCUGAGCAGUUGGAGCAGAAAGACGAGGAUCAGGAGGUCAAAAUAACCAGCAUGCUCAUUGUAGACCAACAGAAAGUGAAGACCAAUAAAUUCACCUGCUCUGUUCAGCACAACACCAACGAUAAGGAACAGCGAGUUGACAUUCCAAUAUUCCAACAACAAGAUGAUCCUCAUUCUGUCCCUGUUCAAACCUGUCCACCACCCCCUAAAAAAGAACAAGAAGUAAACAAUGGAAAAGAGGAGGAGGAGGAAGAGGAUGAAAAACCUUUAUAUGAUGUGUUUGAGCUGAGACGCAGUCUGCAUCUGUUCAGCAUGACGUAUGUGAUACUGCUGGUGAAAAACAUACUGUUUUUCUGCACCAUCUCUGUCUUACUGUACAAAAGAAAUUCUGCAAACAAGGAGAUGCUCAGAAGCAAGGCUUGCUGAUUAGUCCAUCAGCUAAACAGCACGACACACCACACCAGGAGUUUUCUACACAAUACACAUUUACCACAUCUAUUUUCUUAUUUACAUUACAACAUAUUUGUCUUAACUCUGAUUACUCUUACUAUAUUACUAUUUUUUAAAAAACUGACUAAUUACUAUUUCCUCAUAACGGGUAAUACUUUCAAUAUUAAGUCUUCAGACAAACCGAUUUUUUUGUUCUUUUUAGAUUAGUGAUGAGUAAAUAAUAGUUGUGCUAAGGAUGGAGUUUAAUGUUCCUACUCUACUGUACAUAGAUGCAUUGCCAAGAUGUUCUUCAAUAAAUUACUCAGAAAAAUUA